AUGCAGGCGGCGCUAAUACCACCGCCGCAAAUCACGCUGACGGGACGACCCAUCACCACCACCAGACUGCAAUUUCUUGUCCACAGCAAAAAUAUUACUGUGAGAGGAUCGGAAACAGGAAUCAGCCGCCAAAAUCAGCUGCGUCGGCUCUCAAUCAGCAGCCGUCUGAGCGACAUGGCGGCAGCAUCACCGCCGCCCGUCGGGACUGUCCCUAAAUGGGCACAGAAGACUGUUACCAUACCCGGAAAGAGGCGAGGCUGCCAUGACGUCACCCCUCAGGUGAAAUUACUGUAUCAAGCUUCAAUAUUUCAUAGCUCUUGCUAUUAA